CAUGGCGAAUGUUUGACAAACUUUGUCCUUCUUGUAAAAGUUGUAAAUAUAUUGAAAUAUUUACAAUAUAUCACAAUGAAAAAAUCGUGAAAAUGUUAAUAAGAUGUUAAAAGUCAUUAUGACAGCUGUUAGUAAAGUGAAACCUCUGCCAUUGGGCAGUGGCACGGGACUUAAGGGUCCGAGGUCACAGCUCCGGACCUUCCAGUCACAGAGCAGUCCUGUGUAUAAAGUGCAGGCUGAGUCUGCCAAUGGCAUGAGGGGAGUCCGCAACAACAGGGUGAAGGACAGGAGAGGAAUAUUUACAGUGAGUGGAAACAGUGACAAGACCAAAGUGAAAUCUUUGGAGGAUGUUGCCCUAGCCAUAAAGAGUGAUGUAUUCCAGAACAUUGUGGUGGUGGCAGGGGCUGGUAUCAGUACACCCAGUGGGAUUCCCGACUUCAGGACUCCUGGUACUGGUCUCUAUGACAACCUCCAACAAUACAGAAUUCCCUACCCAGAAGCCAUCUUUGAUAUAGAAUUCUUCCAUCACAAUCCAAAGCCUUUCUUCACUCUUGCCAAAGAACUGUAUCCCACUGGGAAAUAUAGACCUAACUACAUACAUUAUUUCGUAAGACUCUUACAUGACAAGGGGAUGUUACUCCGCAUGUACACACAAAACAUUGACGGCCUUGAAAGAAUUGCUGGUUUACCUCCUGAGAAAAUGGUGGAGGCCCAUGGUACAUUUUCUGAGGCCACAUGCCUUAUAUGUAGACAGAAGCAUGACAAAGAGGAAAUCAAAGGAGCAAUAUUUUCUGAUAAAAUACCAAAGUGCAAGAAACCAGGAUGUAUGGGAGUUGUGAAACCAGAUAUUACAUUUUUUGGAGAGGACCUACCCAAAAGAUUUUAUUUUUACAUGAGGGACAUGCUUCAGGCUGAUCUGAUCAUUGUCAUGGGGACAUCAUUAGAGGUUCAGCCCUUUGCUGGGAUCAUUGACUCGGUAAAGUGGGGAGUACCUCGAGUGUUAUUUAAUAUGCAUGCUGUAGGACCAUUCAAAUAUCAGAGACGUGCUCAGGACUUCAUUUCACCAGGUGACCUCAUUAACAGUGCUCAGAAGUUCACAGACCUAUUGGGAUGGAAAGAUGAAAUGGUGGAACUCAUAACCAAAGAGGAGGGCAGAUUUGCUUUAUGCUCGCCAGACUACGCAAAGAAAAUGAAAGAAAUGCAGCUAAGACCACCCCCUCCACCCCCUAAAGAUCCACCAAUAAGGCUUUGGAGGCAGCCAGCUAAACUUGAUUUAUUCAGCUCAGAAUCUGAAAGCUCAUCAGAAGCUUCCGAGACAGAAUCUGAAUCCUCCGAUGAAGACGAAAGACCAAAAAAUAUCCGCAAGAAUAACAACUACAGGAAAGGACUGGGUGUGACUAGGAGUGCCCCCAAAGGUGGCAGUCAAAAUGACCUUGACCUGAAAAGGAAUGGCAAGCCUGGGGUGAAUGGAAAAAGAAACUACAGCACAAGUUCACCGCUAACAACCAGAUCAGAGAAAGCUGUAGGGAAAACACGGAAUCACGCAACAGCUACAAAAGUAACAAAUGAAAUCAAUCAGGUAGCGACACGCUUUGACAAAAUCAGUGUACGAACGAGAUCCAACACACCCGACUCUGUUAAGGGGAAGCCAGCUAAAGAAAAGUCUAUACGAAGGACCGUGUCUGAUAGAAAUUUGAAAUCUAAUGUAGCUGGUGCUAGUCGCCCUCCCCUUCAGAGAUCAAACUCUGCAAAAUCUGUAAAUGAAAAGGAGGCAAGCUAUAAAAAAGAACAGAAAGUGACUGAAAUUCGAAAAUCAGCCAGUGAUUCAAAAUUUGAUCGUAAAACUGCUGACAAUAUGGUGCUAAAAUACAAGGAUGGGAAAAUAUCCCAUGCCAAUCACUCUGUGUCAAAUGGAAUAAGGAAUGGUUCAAAGUCUAGUCAACAAGUGGAGGACAAUUCAGAAAAUAAAAUGAACAGGGAAAAUGUUCUUAGAACACAUCCCAAACCCCCGCUCCCUCUAAGCCAAAGAAAUGGAAAGCCUCCCUUAAACCCCCUGAAUCCUCGACCCUAUGGAUUUAUAGCUCAGAAAAAAUUGCCCCAGAGACCAUCUGCUCCAGCUAACCUGAUAAGGGAAAAGUUUUUCAAUGAAACUAAAGACAGUCGUCCAGCAUCUGCCGAGAUGCCCAGAAUCGCGUACAGACACCGAUUAAAACCGUCGUAUGAUGCCAGAAUCUUCGCCAUCAGAGUGGCGGAUACAAGCUCCGAAAGUUCAGAUGAAAGUUCCAGUGAAGAGUCAUGCUGAUUAUAUAUUCAUAGUUAUCUACCAGUAAUUGUACAAUGUACAAGAUUUUUUUAUCACUUUCUUUAUAGAUGUUCCUUAUUCCAUAUUGGCAUAUAUACAAGUAAUUGGUAGUGGGGAAAUUUAAUGUUAUAUAGAGCUUCCUUUAUCUCUUGUGAUAUAACAUAUUAAUUAAAUUUAUAUUAUUUUGUAACUUAAAAUGUGCAUUGACGAUUGUCUUUCUGUAAUCAUUGCUUAUUAUAUUUAAGGUAGCAUUUAUUUUAGAAUUAACACGGGUAUAAGGAGCACAUUAUAUCAAAACUGUGCAAAUCAUGACCCCAUACGCUGUAUAUCAAACAUCCAAAGAUUGUAUUCUUGACUUUCAGAGGAAUUUGACACUUUUCUUACGUGAUUAGUCUUAAUAGAUUCUUUUUUCAAUAUGGUUAUUACUUUAAAACGGGUACUUUAUAUAAAUGCUAGUAGGGUUAGUAUGUGUUGCUUUUUCCAGAUUUUACGUAAGUAAAUUUACAUGAAAGCAGUUUCAAAAAUGUACAUUAUCAAGCAUUUUUCUUCACAUGAUGUAAAAUAGUACUAUUACCUUUUUUUGUUCCUUUUAGUUGCCUAGCUUCUUUUAUUGAAAUGUUUCUCUAUUCAAUAUUCUGCUCAGUCAGCAUGUUUUGCUAAGUGUAUUGGUCUGUGACAUUAAAUCGAUUUGCCUUAUUUUUUGUGAUAGAUGUGUGAUUUCUCAAGGCAAGGGUUCUUCAUUAAGUCAAUAUUGAAACUUGUGGGAAUGUUAGUAGAGCAAGAAAAAUGCUGAGUCAGAGUAGAUUUUUUCGUUUUCAGCUUCAUUGUGCCUGUUAUGCCUUAGCUAAGUCAGCUUACUAAAGGAUUAAACUCAGGUAGCUGUGUUCUUCUAGGUAAACCCUUUUUUUGAAAAGUAACAUGCAAAGUAUUUAUAACAUUGUUUUCUAGACAGGGUUUUCAAAUUUUAUUAAAAUACUUUCAAUAUACAGUACAUGUAUAAUAGGGAUGACCUAUUUUAUAGUUACAUGUAUAUUGCGAUUUUUGAUUGUAUGAUAUGUAUUGUGAUACUUAGACUGGAAAACCUGUAUUUAGUUACAGAAUUAUGAAGUCCAGAAAUAAUACAUUUAUUUGUUCAAUCUUUGGAAUUGCAAUUACAGGAAAAUGAAAAUAUAAAGGAAGUGAAAUUUGUUUUUCCAGCACAUUUUAAAGAAAAAAUAUUCAUUUAAAAUCAUUUACCAAAUAACUUGUAAAAAUAUCAUGAUAUAUUAUCAUGAUAUUUUGGGGGAAAAUUGUUAUUGAUACACAAUUUUUGGUGAUGCCCAUCUGUAAUACCAGGUGUAUAAUUAGCAAUCAUAUGCUGUAAAAUUCUUACAUUUAUUACAUAUUCAUCCACUGAAAUUCAGUGGUCCUUGAACCUCAGCUUAGAAAAAAAAUCAAAAAGGUGGCAAGGAUGGUAGCAAGUAAUCUCAUUUUCGUAACACUAUAGUGGCAGCCGUUAUAAUGGCAGAUAUAAACAUAGGAAAACUGACUGUUUAUGUUAUUGUUGAUUGUGUAAUGGAUAUAUACUAUUAAAAUAAAACUCUAUUAGUACAUUCUUUUGUCUAUAUCCAGCAGUAUUUAUAUCUUACAUGUAGAUGUUGUAUUCUCAGUUUUGUAAGAUAGAUGUACCAGUACAAGGUCCUUCGUAAUAAC